UGGACAACUCUAAUUGGUUAAUACCACGUAGUCAUUGCCACGGCAAUAGAAAUUAGAACAUGGUGUUUCUCUCUUUCUUUACUCCUCGAUAAUAUUAGCCUUCACCAUUAAUACUCCAAAAUUCUCUUUCACAGAAACGACGAAAGAAGAAAAGAAUGGAUCGAGCUUCGAUUGUUCCACUUUUAUUGAUAGUUGUACACCUUAUUGCUACCGUCAAUGCAUUGUACGGACCUUCAUCCCCAGUUCUUCAGUUAAAUCCCAACAACUUUAAGUCUAAGGUGCUAAAUUCAAAUGGAAUUGUUUUAGUUGAGUUCUUUGCGCCUUGGUGUGGUCAUUGUCAAUCUCUGACACCCCAUUGGGAAAAGGCAGCUACUAUAUUGAAAGGUGUUGCCACCGUAGCAGCUCUUGACGCUGAUGCUCACAAAUCCCUCGCACAGGAAUAUGGCAUCAGAGGAUUUCCUACCAUCAAGGUGUUUGCACCUGGAAAACCUCCUGUUGAUUACCAAGGGGCACGUGAAGCGAAACCAAUUGCCGAAUUCGCAUUGCAGCAGAUCAAGACACUGCUGAAGGAGCGAGUACAUGGAAAAGCAACAGGAGGAUCUUCUGAGAGUUCUGAGCCUAGUGCAUCAGUAGAGUUGAACUCACGAAAUUUUGAUGAGAAGGUGCUUAAGAGCAAAGAUCUCUGGAUAGUUGAGUUUUUUGCACCUUGGUGUGGGCACUGCAAAAAGCUUGCUCCUGAGUGGAAGAAAGCUGCUAAGAACCUUGAGGGUAAGGUGAAGCUGGGCCACGUAGACUGUGAUGCAGAGAAGGUAAGUUUGGAAUCUUAUGAUCAGUUAGACAUCUGUCAUAUUAAUAAAACAGAAAAAUAGAGAACACAUGAAGGU